GUUGUGGUGGAGAUGGAGGGCCGCGUAGCCGAUCGAUACGGCCGCUGGCGAAACUGGCCAUGGUGUCUAUGGCGGCUGUUGUGCGUGUUGUGGCGUGGCGCGUCGUACACGCGAGUUACGAGCGGUGAGACAGAACGUAGGGUGCGAGCCACACGGUGCUGGUGCUGUGCGGGUGAGCGUUCAACACGGCUGGCGAGAUGACCGCGAGACGCGAGCGUAGGGCGUGGUGAGAGAGCGUAGCCGACGGCGGCCUCCCCGCAGACGCGAAAACCCUGAUCGGGUGACCACUCACGGGACACACAAGAUUCUCCCAUGUGUAUACAAUACACAACUUUAGCAUUAAGAUUAUUGUAUUUGCUCAUAUCAUAAUUAUUAGGUACAUGCCUGUAACUCAAGAAUAUACAAGGUGGUAUGUAUCAUUGGAUGCAGAGCAGAUCUACAAAAAAGGAAAUAAGACAGAAGUGAAAGUGAUGUAGAAGAAAUUCCCAAAAGUACAGACCGAUAUUUGUUUCAAAAGGGCACUGUGAUCUAAAUAAAGGCAAAACGGAGAACGAAGAUAAGAAAAUGGUGUCUCUGCCUAGUGCAGAGUCCGGCACAAUGGACAGAAUCUCAGAUGACGAUGAUGAUGAGCCAAGUAGUGGAUCAGAAACGUAUGAAGAAGGCGAUCUCCUGACAGCUGCUAUGGAUGAUGACGUGACGGCCCAGCUCGCCGCUGCAGGUUGGCAAAUCAAACACGCUAAUGGCCCUGUUGGUGUAGCCGCGGCUGCCGCCAUUGUCUCGGCAAAAAAGCGGAAACGACCUCAUAGUUUUGAAACAAAUCCUAGCAUUAGGAAAAGACAACAAAACAGACUUUUAAGGAAACUCAGACAAACCAUAGACGAAUUUGCAACACGAGUUGGACAGCAGGCAGUAGUAUUAGUAGCUACGCCAGGAAAGCCAAACAGUAGUUAUAAAGUAUUUGGAGCAAAACCGUUAGAAGAUGUAGUAAAAAAUUUAAGAAAUGUUAUAAUGGAAGAACUUGAAAGUGCACUUGCACAACAAGCUCCACCUCCAGUACAAGAUGACCCAUCAUUAUAUGAAUUGCCACCCCUCAUAAUAGAUGGCAUUCCUACACCAGUGGAAAAAAUGACACAGGCUCAACUCAGGGCAUUUAUCCCGUUAAUGUUAAAGUAUUCUACAGGCAGAGGUAAACCCGGUUGGGGGAGAGAUAGCACACGGCCGCCAUGGUGGCCAAAAGAACUACCUUGGGCUAAUGUGCGUAUGGAUGCAAGAUCGGAAGAUGAGAAGCAAAAGGUGUGCAAAAUUUCGUGGACCCACGCGUUAAGACAAAUUGUAAUAAACUGUUACAAAUUUCAUGGAAGAGAAGAUCUUCUUCCUGCAUUCAGCGAAGAAGACGAUAAGUCGAAUGUACUAAUACAACAAACAGCGCCUCAUUCCUCGUCACAUCCGUCGCAUUCAUCCGGUCAAGGGCAAGGUGGACAGUCGCAACAACAACAACAGACGAUGACGGCCCAGUAUCCAACAACAGUUUUACAAACGAUAACAAAUCCAGAUGGUACAGUUUCCAUCAUUCAAGUUGAUCCUAGUAAUCCGAUAAUUACGUUACCAGAUGGUACAACGGCUCAAGUUCAAGGUGUUGCUACUAUCCAUACAAGUCAAGGGGAAGUGCAAGCACUCGCUGAAGUAGCAGGUAGCGCAGAAGGUACUAGCGUCGCUGUCGACCUGAAUAGCGUUACAGAAGCUACAUUAGGCCAAGAUGGUCAGAUCAUUCUCACAGGAGAAGAUGGACACGGCUAUCCCGUUUCCGUGUCAGGGGUAAUAACAGUACCGGUGUCUGCUAGUAUGUAUCAAACUAUGGUUGCCAAUAUUCAGAGUGACGGUACAAUGCAAGUAGUCACACCCAUGGUUCAAGUUCCAAAGGUUGAGCCUGGAAAUGGAGAAACUAGUAUCGAAGCCGUCACUAUUCAAGGGCAUCCAAUGACAAUGAUUAACGCAGCCGGUGAACAUCAGGUUCUUCAAGUGAUAUCAUUAAAGGAUGCUAAUGUUCUCACGAAAGCCAUGCAGGCUGAAGUUGUUAAAGACGAGGACAGCCAGCAACAACAAACCGUCUCUAGUCCAGAAUAAAGCGUUUUACAUAGUUAAUAUAAAGCUUUUAUGUCAACACCAAAAUGCGACAGGUGCACAUUUAGUGGUGUUCAAAGAGAGAAAGAGUGAGAGUAUUAAGAAAAAAGAAAAACAAUAUGUGUUAUUAAUAUUAAGGCAAAAUGAUUGUGUCUUUUCUGAAUCACUGUGUAGCGUGUCCUCUUGGGUGAGAACAGUAAACGAGUAGCGAAUAUGUUUGCAGAGUGAAAAAAUGAUUGAAUGUUCGACGAUUCAUUGGGACUUGAAUGUAAUCAUAUUUGUAUUCAAGAUUCAUCGUAGACACUUAGAGUAUUCACUUGUAAUUCGAUUUAUCGGAAAUAGUACUAACUUUUAGAAAGUACUAUCGCGCUCGAUGAAUGCAAAUCUGCAGAUUUCAUCGAUUUAUUUGUAGCAACAUGUAUCCACCGAACUGGGAAUUACCGUUUUUCUAGUGAACGAUCAAGGAUACAAAUAUUUUUGUCUAGUCUUAGUGUUGGAACAUUAAGGGCGAUCGAUAUACCAAAGAAUUUAAUAUUUGUGUUGAAUCAUUUUAUAAGAAAGAAUAACUACUACUAAUUAUACAAUUUAAUUAUAUCAGAUUGACGAAACGAUCAUUUUAAUUCAACGAAUCGAUGUUUAUAAAUUACAUAAUUUAUUGUGAAUUGAUUCGUCGAACUUGUUAAAGGGAAGCCAUUUUUUUAGACGAACAAAGUAAUCUUUAAAUCGUUUAGAAUUUCGAAAACAUUUAUAGAAGCAUGAAAGAAAAAUCUCUUUAACAUUCGAUAAAACACGAUUCAAAUUUUGAUGGUAUUAGGACAGUGAUGGGCAGUUGUUACCCACCAGGGCGUGACGUUUGCAGUCACGGGCACCGAUGGAUCCUGAGUCUGUAGGAUUUGAUUUUCAGAAAUCUGAUUAUUAGGAGCAGGGAGAUGUCCUUAGGUUUGCCCUAGUCCCCUCUCUAAAUUCUUCCUAGCCUCUCCAUAGAUUCUCCCUAGGCUCCCCUUAAAUAUGUCAAUGCCCAGAAGCUCUUUUAUGGGCCCUUGAUCUGCCCGUCACUGCGUUAGGAAAUCAAUUGAUUUAACGAAAUUUGGCUAUUAAAUUAAGUAAAGAAAUACGUAGCCUAUUUUUAUGAUAAACUAAAAUAUGAAAAGAAAUCAUGUUUUGUUGACGAUAUAGACAUAUAAUGGAACACAUUAAUAUACAUUAAUGAUCGACAGUAGAGUUAAAUGAGAAAAAAAAUUAAGCAUUUCUGACGGGUACAAAUAGGCUAUAAGAUAUAAUUUUUUGGAAAAUAAGACAUACGGAUUUGAAGUCUCAAUGCACACCCAUAAAACGUAAUUAAUUUUAUCGUAUUAGUACCACGUUUACGAUAGAAAGUUACUUUACACGAUGCUUCAAGGAGCACUGUGUAAUUUUAAUGAAAGGAAACUGAAUUCUUUCAUUUCCAUUCUGUUUUAUCUCGAUAGUGUACAGAAUGUAGAAACAAAGAAACAGCGUAUUGUCAUUCACUUUUAUUUCCAAGUAAUCUGAAAUGUAUUUAUUUUUGUUAUCGACUAAAAAGAAAAUUGAAACGUUUCCGUGCAUUUAAAUGCCAACUCACUUUUAUACAAUAUUUAUAAAGUUAGGAAAAAUGUUAUUUUUUCUGAGCAAUCUUGUUUCAAUGUUGCGGUGUCAAGUUUUGCAAGGAUGUGUGACUGACUUUGACGAACAUAUUUUUUUUGACAAUGUCAUCUUACAUUUUUAUACUUUUCAGUAUUUCUACAUACUAUCUUGUGUGCAUUUUCAUUCUGUGUAUACGUAUUACUUUCAGAUAACGAGUUUGUGAUACUUAUUUCGUUAAUAUUUAUCGGUACACAUGUCUUUAUCAUGAAUGAAGUUCCUGUAGGUGUGUAGUACGCUUUUCUUUUCGAAGCGUAUGUCAGGAGCAGAGUCGUAACAUUGAAACAAUAAACUGCCCUCGACAUCAAGUAUCAAUGAUACCAAAAAAAAGUUUUUAUAACAUUAUAGAAGAAAGUAGUUAAAUUUAAUAAUUAUCAGUAGAUCGAAUCACAACAAUUAGAUAUUAAUUGUUAUAUUGUUUUUUAAAAACUAUGGCCAUUACAUACCGAAUGUAAUAUACCGAUACUCCCAUGUAAGACCAUGUUCUAUUUUUUCUGUUCUUGUUUGUAACAAAUUAUACCGAGCAUGAAUUAAGUUUAAUAUCAUCUGAGAAGAAUAUGUAAUACCAUUUUAAACAAUUAUAGAUGUACGUGUACAUGACUUUAUCACUGUGUAUCUUAUAAUGUAAUUUGUACAUAUGUCGUCGUUGUGUCACUUUUCUGCUUUGGUUACUUUUGAUGUAAAAAGAAGGAAACAUACAUUUUAAAAAUAUUCA